CCGUGAUUGGGCGGGGGGUGGAGGCGAACAGGAUGUGACGCAGCCCCAGAGCUGAGCGACCGUUGUUCCCCAUCGCUCCAGAAGCGCGAGCGAGCGAGCGAGCGGCGGGAAGAUGGCGGACCGCGGGUACAGCUUCUCGCUCACCACCUUCAGUCCUUCAGGCAAACUUGUCCAGAUUGAGUAUGCUUUGGCAGCUGUAGCCGCAGGAGCUCCAGCGGUUGGAAUUAAAGCAUCCAAUGGUGUAGUUUUGGCAACAGAGAAGAAACAGAAAUCUAUUCUUUAUGAUGAACAGAGUGUGCACAAAGUGGAGCCGAUCACAAAGCACAUAGGAAUGGUGUAUAGUGGCAUGGGCCCUGACUACAGGGUAUUGAUUCGCCGGGCUCGUAAGUUGGCACAACAGUACUACCUGAUAUAUCAAGAGCCCAUCCCCACGGCUCAGUUAGUACAGAGGGUGGCUUCUGUUAUGCAGGAAUACACACAGUCUGGUGGAGUCCGUCCAUUUGGAGUGUCACUAUUAAUUGCUGGUUGGGAUGAGAAAAGGCCAUAUUUGUUUCAGUCGGAUCCAUCUGGUGCUUACUUUGCAUGGAAGGCAACAGCCAUGGGAAAGAAUUAUGUCAAUGGAAAAACCUUCCUUGAAAAGAGGUACAAUGAAGAUCUUGAACUUGAAGAUGCCAUUCAUACAGCAAUCUUAACGCUAAAGGAGAGCUUUGAAGGCCAGAUGACGGAAGAUAAUAUAGAAGUUGGAAUUUGCGAUGAGGCAGGAUUUCGCAGGCUCGCUCCAGCAGAAGUCAAAGACUAUCUAGCCACAAUAGUUUAACAAACAAUAAUUUUUUUUAAUUUGGAAAAAAUUUGGUCAGCCACUAAUUACAAUUUAACUUUUUAUUCAAUUCAUCUGAUUUGACAAUGGUCAAAGUCGGUGCCGUGUAAAGCUGUAGCAUGGGCAACUGAUAGAUCUCAUUUUAGAAAUGAAAGCAGAUUUGCCAUGGUCUGUUCAUUUUUUUUUGUUAUGUGUAUAAACAAAACAAUUUAUACAUUUUAUUGUCUAUAUUUCCACAAUUUCACAAUGCAGAAUUUUUCUUAGGAAGGCCGCGGCUUUCAAUCGGGCACGUUCUGGUAUUAGAUUUAUCUUUUGUAGGGUUUCAUUAACACCAUUUUUUGUAGCACGUUUUUUUAAAUAUGAGAAAUUGUUAAUGAACCCACAUGGUUGUGCAAGAUCAAAGGGGUCUGUGGAUUAAUCACUUGACUUCAUAGUAUAUUCUUGCACUGAAAUAGCUUUAACUGUUUUGAUCCAUGGGAGUGUUUGGGAAUGGUCAGUAAUCACCUAUAUCAUUUUGCAUUCAUGUUGAACAAUGACCAUGUAAAUUUCCUCUUCAGUAUAUAUUGACAUCUGAAUUAUAAUAUUUGGUCUAAUUCUGUCCUGACUUCUGAAUUUUCUGUGCAGUUGUCAUUAUUGCAUACAGCAUCACCUGUUGCUUGCUGGUAGCAUUCUUGAAACAGAUCAUUUUUAUUUGUUGGUUGAUGCACUGUACAAUUUAAUCCAAACUAGCAUUCCAAUGUAAUAUAAAUGAUCUACUGUACGAUUGACAAUACCAUCUUUGAGAUGUGUCUUUACAUCACAUUGACUACUGUUUUGAUCCUGGAUGUCGAGUUUUCCUAUACUAUAACUUAAUUUGUGAAAUUUACAAUGAGCAAGGCCCACUUCAUACGAGUGGAAACACGAGGUGAACGGUUUAAGAUAAACAUGCCGAAAGCAAAAGGGGUAGUUAACAGGAAGACAUUUUAAGAAAAACGUAAAUUUUAUGCGCUGAUAUGAUGCUAAACUCCAUCCAUGAAUAAUAUAGAUUUCAAAGAACCAUAGUCAAAACUCAACUCUUCACUCUCCAUUCCAGCAGACCAAUUAUAUAUUAUAUUGAGUUUUUUUAGGCCACCAUUUAAGGUUUAACUUCUUGGUUCAUUUGUAUCACUUCAGUAAUGACUGCAGAAAUUAACUUUACAAUAAAGAAGAGGGGUUAUGUUAUUCUGCAAUUAUUUUUGUACAGCUUAUUUCAUAGAAUCAAGGCAAUUUAUAGCUGUUUGGCACAUGCAAGCCAAAAAUAAUUAUUAGGUUAAUCCAUCUUUCCAAUUUGCAAAUCUGCUGCUUAUACGUUUUGCACUUCAUGUUCAGAUCCCGGUUUUAUCUUUAAAUAUCAUCAGUGUUUCUGCCUCCAAGUGAUGGGUGGGCACAAAAAUUCUCAACCUAAUGUGUGUUCCAUGGUUAUUGAUCCUGCUGCUAAGGGAAAUAAUUUCCAUUUUAUAUUUUUCCCUUGGCCUCAGUUCCAAAGAAAACACCAAGAGUCUAGCCAAUUUCUCUGAAUUAAAAAUUCUCCAAACCUGGCUCUGCACCCUAUCUCAUGCAAUCAUAUCCGAUCACGCAGUGGACAAAACUACGCAAAGAGCUUCAGGUACAGCUGAUCUUAUCUGUUCUAAAGUUCAAGUCUUGCGUCUCUGCCCUUGCAUUUGAUGCUCAAUAAUGGCACGUCUUAAAUCAACUUAUUUCUGCAAUUUGUGAUGGCAAUGUAUUUAAAGUAAUUUCUCCAACAUUAUUUGCGUUUUCAUGUAAGCUUUUGUGAGAAGUCAUUUGAAAAUUCUGAUAUACAAACUUUAAAUUUUCUACCACUCAUGUCUUCUCAACUCUCCAUUAAAAGGUUUGAAAAUUAAGCAAACUAAA